AUGAACGGCUCCUCGGCGGGGCUCCCGGCGGGGAUGAGCGGCUCGCUGGGGGUUCCGGCAGGGCUGAACGGCUCGCUGGGAAUGCCGGCAGCACCGAACGGCUCCUCGGCGGCGGCGGCGGGGCUGCUGGCGGGGGCCGGGGGCGCGGCGCUGGAGCUGGAGCGGGCGCUGCGCUGCUGCACCGCCGCCUCCGUGGUGACCGACGGCAGCGGCGCGGCGGCGGACGAGCGCAGCCUGUACAUCAUGCGCGUGGUGCAGAUCGCCGUCAUGUGCGUGCUGGCUCUCACCGUGGUGUUCGGCAUCUUCUUCCUCGGCUGCAACCUCCUCAUCAAGUCCGAGGGCAUGAUCAACUUUCUGGUCAAGGAGCGCCGCCCGUCCAAGGAGGUGGAGGCGGUGGUGGUGGGGCCGUACUGA